GUCAAGGCGAGCCAAGUUUGACCAGCAAAACAUGUCCGGAGUGAUCUGCACACACUGAUACGUUUAAAAAUCCACAUCUCAGGCUUUGCAGGAUGUGCGACGCGAUGCCUUCGUGUGGACUGCCGAACCUGCUGCCCCUCCUGCUGCUGCUGCUGCUUCACGCUGUCAGCCAGGGCUUAAGCGACGCUGACCCUGUGGUGAGUAUGCAUAAGGCAAACCAUCAGGGCAUAAGUGAGGAACUGUCCAAGACGGUGGUGCUCCCCUGCCUCUUCACGCUGCGCCCCGGGGCUGCUCCAUCCCACGAGCUGCCCCGCAUCAAGUGGACCAAAGUGUGGGGCCAGCGAGGCUCGGACGGCUCGCAGAGGGAGCAGUCUGUCCUCGUGGCCAAAGACAAUGUGGUCAAGGUGAAGAAGGCCUUCCAGGGUCGGGUAUCGCUGCCCGGUUACAGCGAGAACCGAUACAAUGCCAGUCUGGCUCUGAUGGGCUUGCGAUCCAGCGAUUCCGGCCUGUACCGCUGUGAGGUCGUGGUGGGCAUCAACGACGAGCGAGACACGGUCCCACUGGAGGUCACAGGCGUGCUCUUUCAUUACCGCGCUCCCCCCGACCGUUACGCCCUGUCCUUUGCCGACGCCAAAAGGGUGUGUGCUGAGAACUCUGCGACCAUCGCCACGCCGGGUCAGCUGCAAGCCGCCUUUGCUGACGGCUACGAGAACUGUGACGCCGGGUGGCUGUCGGACCAGACCGUACGGUAUCCCAUCCAGUCGCCUCGGCCCGGUUGCUAUGGCGAUCGUGACGACUCACCCGGCAUCCGUAACUAUGGCAAUAGAUUCCCGGACGAGCUGUUUGAUGUCUACUGCUUCGCCAGGCAACUACAAGGGGAAGUGUUUCACUCCACAAUGGAAGAGAAGCUGAAUCUGGCCACGGCCUCCACCCAUUGCCAUUCGCUGGGAGCCCAGCUGGCCACCGUGGGCCAGCUCUACCUGGCCUGGCAGGCCGGCCUGGACCAGUGCGACCCGGGCUGGCUGGCCGACGGGAGCGUGCGCUACCCUAUCAACGUCCCACGGAAGAACUGCGGUGGGGACGAACCAGGCGUGCGCACGGUCUACAGCAACCCCAAUCGGACCGGCUUCCCCGACACCACGGCCAUGUUUGAUGCUUACUGCUACCGAGCCCAGCAGGCUGCAGAUGUCCACACCUCAGAGGCCCUCGCUUUACUCCACCCCUCCAUCCCAGCUCCACAGGCUGACUCCUCACUCAGUGACACCCAACAGGGCGCCCCAUUUCCCGAGACCCCUGCUUGGACCGCCCUGGCAGACCCGAACGAAGCGGCCAUGAGCAACUCCUCUGACAUUUCCGACGAGCACGUGGUCAUCCGUUUGAGGCCCGAGCAGGGUUGGGAUGUGCAACAAGAUGACGUCCCGACCAGCGGGUCCCACGGAAAGGACCCCGACGACCCUAAAGACAGCAAUGCGUCGGCAGAGCUGGAGAGUCACGGAGGUUCAGCCCAAGAGGAAGAUCCUUCUUUUGAUACUUUCCCAUCAGUGGCCUCCACCACCGUCAAACCACACACUAGUAAAAGCGUGCUGGCUGACAUUGUCAACACGCUGAUGAAACCCUUCAAGUACUGGGUUGGGACAGGAACCUCCGACAGGAACCAGACUUUCAGCUCCCAAGCUAGUGAAGACAAGGGCGGCAGCGACAACGCCAUCCCGGAGCACGGGAGUGAUGCUUAUCCCUCCAGGCUUCUCCAUGCGAGUGGAUUACAGAGUGCUUUGGAGGGUCUGUCCGAGCAGGAGAAAGAGGAGGGGCCGCUGGUUCCAUUAGUGCCUGCAGUCAAAAGCGCAGGGCAAAUUGAGUCCACUACGCAGAUGGAGGGCAAAUUCACUGAUAAUGGGAUAACUGCACUGGGCCCUGAAGGCAAAACAAGCCCCAGUGAACGGGUCAAGGUUCGAAAAGCAGGUCCGGCGUGGGCCAUCAAGUCAGUAGGGCGCUUCAGAGGAGGCUUUCCCAGACACCGCACUUGGGAACCUCUGGAAGCCAAAUCGGGGCCCCUUGAGAUGAUAACCCUGCCUGACUCCUUUCAACAGGACACAUUGGAAAACUAUUCUGGUGAGGGGAGCGACCACGAUGGAGAUGAGGCACAAACAACUACUGCAACUGGGACAGAUAAAAAAAAGGAGGUAGAGGGGAGCAGUGAGGGUAACAGUUUAACUGGCAACUUUGUUAAUACUGUUCCCAGCAGGAAUGUCAAGCUCAGUCCAGAAUCUGAGUCUUCAUUACACCAAAGCCAGAGUGAACUUGUCACAGUGGUUGAACACACUACUUUGUCCCGGUGGCAGCUCGUGGCGCAACCAACCACCACCACCUCGCCUCAAACGGCCGAGGAGGCCAGGGGAGAGAUCAUCUAUGUCCACCGGCCGACUGAAUACCUCUCUUCUGCUUUUUCUUCUUCUUCUUUGUCACAAAGUGGAGAUAAUGGUUCUAGUUGGGGCUUCACUCCUGUUCUUAAGAAGCAAAGGAAAGGUGCGGGUAGAAACCCUGGUCGUGGUGCAGCCAAGGUGGUCACUUCCACACCAGAGUCCUUGAGGGAUUUACUGACCACCACUGAGAUCACAAGGGCACAGGUUCUGACAACAAGAGACACUCCAAUCACAGAUCCUGAAACCACAGCAGCCACCAUUGAACUUUCCUCCAAAAGCUCCUCUGCACAGGAACCAUCCAUUUCUAUCUCAUGGAUGGAGACGACUACGAGCAACUUGGAGGGAAACUUUUCUAUGGAAUCAUCGACGACAACCGCCAGCCAGUUGGCAAGUGUUGGGUCAGACACAAAGGACACCUUUACAGAAAUGGAGUCCAGAUUGGCAGUGUCUGAGUCCUUUGUGUUUGGAAGUCGUUGGACACCUUCCAAGGGCUACAAGCCGAAGUCAGAGGAACACAAGUCUCCAGUGGUGACGGACAGCAAAGGCAUGAGAAACCCUUUUGGCAUCUUGGUACCCAACUGGGCUUUUGGAUUCAUCCCACCAGUGGAAAACAACCCUUGCCAGACCAACCCGUGCCUCCACGGAGGGAGCUGCUUGCAGGAGGGCGAUGGCUAUAGCUGCUACUGCCCGCAGGGUUUCUCCGGGGAGAGCUGCGAAAUCGACAUCGAUGACUGCCAGUCGAACCCCUGCCGCAAUGGAGGAACUUGCAUCGAUGAGAUAAACUCCUUUGUGUGUCUGUGUCUGCCCAGCUACAGCGGCGCCACGUGCGAGAAAGACACGGAAGGCUGUGAGCAUGCAUGGCGGAAGUUCCACGGCCACUGCUACCGCUACUUCAGCCGCCGGCACACAUGGGAGGACGCUGAGAAAGACUGCAGGGAGCACAGCGGCCACCUGGCCAGCAUCCACAGCGCGGCCGAACAGAACUUCAUGGGAGGUAUCAGUCACGACAACACCUGGAUUGGCUUAAAUGAUCGCACGGUGGAGGAUGACUUUCAGUGGACUGACAAGAUGGACCUGCAAUACGAAAACUGGCGCUCGAACCAGCCCGACAACUUCUUCGCAGGCGGUGAGGACUGCGUGGUGAUGAUUGCACACGAGAACGGCAAAUGGAACGACGUGCCGUGCAACUACAACCUGCCCUACGUCUGCAAGAAGGGAACAGUGUUAUGCGGAGCCCCUCCUCACGUGGAUAACGCCUUCGUGGUUGGCCGGAAGCGCUCUCACUACGACAUUCACUCCACCGUGCGCUACCAGUGCGCCGACGGCUUCCAGCAGCGCCACGUACCGACAGCCAAGUGUCGCGCCAACGGCAAGUGGGACGAGCCAAAAAUCAUCUGCAUAAAAUCAAACCGACGGGCCCACCGGUACCGGCGCCACCACCACCACAACCACCACCACAAGGGCAGACGGGAGCGCAGGAAGCACAAGCGGCACGGUCACCGAGACGGCGGCCACCGCGACGCCCAACAGGGCCUUAAGCAAGGCCCCUUCUGAACCAAAAGAGCGAAAAACCCAACAUUAUCCCUUCUUCUUCUCCUCCUCCUCUCAUUCCUUCAUUCCUCUUUCCUCUCUUUAUUUCUCACCCCCCUCCCUCAGGUCCCUCCGGCCCCCUCCUACACUUUGGAGUCCCCCUGUAACAUAGGCAAUUCUGGGACAAUAGCUGGGACGAUAGCCGAUCCCUUUGCAUCCCUUUUUAUGUUUUUUUUUUUCCUC